GUUUUUCUCAAAAUGAACGUUAGUUUCACCUUCUUACGACCUUUUGCUCGGUUUAUGAUGCCAUGUACCCUUCACAGGAAGAGAAGAGAUUUAUAUUCAACAGUUCUACAGAGAUACAUGUCUUCCAAAAUAUCAGCUGUAUCCUCUUCUAGUAAGGAGGAUGUAGCACCUCCUGAAGAGCUAGAAUUAGAUAAGUGGAAAAUGACAAUGAAAUCUAGUGGUCAAGAAGGCGCUUCUGCAGUUUCCAGCAGUGAAGAUGAAGACCCGCUAGCUGCCACAAGAGAAUUAAUCGAGAUGUGGAGAUUGCUUGGCAGAGAAGUACCAGAACACAUCAGUGAAGAAGAUCUUAAAAUUGUAAUGGAAAGUCCUUCUAAAUCAUCAAAAAAGAAAUAUUUAAAAUACUUAUAUAUUAAGGAAAUAAAGAAAACUGCUAAGCAAAAGAAAAAAGAAAUUAAAGCCAUAGCAAAGGAAGAAACUAAAAAAGACAACUUGCUUGAAAACACUAAAGAAGAUAAACCGCAAAACUUUCUAUUUCUACGGCUUUGGGAUAGGACUAUGAACAUUGCAAUGGGCUGGAAGGGUGCACAGGCCAUGCAGUUUGGACAACCUUUAGUUUUUGAUAUGGCAUAUGAUAAUUAUAUGAAACCAAAAGAAAUGCAGAAUACUGUUUCUCAACUCUUAGAAAGUGAAGGAUACAACAGAAGAGAUGUUGAUCCAUUCCAUAUUUAUUUCUGUAAUCUUAAGACAGAUGGUGAUUAUUAUAGACAGUUAGUCAAAUAUUAUGGAGAAAAAUGGAACAAAUUGUUUUUAACAGCAACAGAAAAGUCUCAUGUAGAUUUAUUUCCAAAGGACAAUAUUAUCUAUUUAACUGCAGAUUCUCCCAAUGUUAUGACAACUUUUCAGCAUGACAAAGUUUAUAUAAUUGGGUCUUUUGUUGAUAAGAAUAUAAGGCCAGGCACAUCCUUGGCCAAUGCAAAACGACUGAAGCUGGCAACAGAAUGCCUCCCAUUAGAUAAAUAUUUACAGUGGGGAACUGGUACCAAAAAUCUGACCUUAGACCAAAUGAUUCGCAUUUUGUUAAGUCUGAAAAACACUGGUAGUUGGGAAGAAGCUCUGAAAUUUGUUCCCAAAAGAAAACAUACUGGUUUUCUGGAGAUUUCUCAUUAUUCUCAAGAAUUUGUCAAUCAACUGAAGAAAAAGUCAACACUUAAUUCAUUUCCGAAAAAACUCCCUAAAUAUACAUGCAAAGAAAAUGAAGCUUAA